AUGGAUUCAGGUGCUCGGGACGAGUCCGUUGACGAUGCUGAGAAGGAGAUUUUGGAACUGGAGGCGCGCCUCAAAGCUGCCAGGGGAAAGUUGAAGGGCCUCAACGGACAGAUAAAAGAACCCGUCGAAUCUCUACCGUCUCGAAGUCUUUCAUCAAAACCCUCAUUACCACCAUCACCCUCACCCACAAACCACUAUCUUCUCCUCCUCUCAGACUCAGCCCUACCCCUAGGCUCAUUCGCCUUCAGCAGCGGCCUCGAGUCCUAUCUAGCCCACACCCGCGGUCACUCAUCCUUCAACAUAUUCCUCCCGGAAUCCAUCUCGGCCUAUGCCUCGACGACACUUCCCUUCGUGCUGGCAGCGCACCGCUCCCCCGACGACGUCGCAGAACUAGACGACAACCUCGACGCCGCCAUCAUCUGCACCGUCGGCCGCCGCGCCUCCACAGCCCAAGGCCGCGCCCUCCUCUCCAUCUGGGAACGCUCCUUCGCCUCCUCCCUCCCAAGCCCCAUCUUCGCGACCCUCCAGCCCUACGUGGCGCUGCUCAAGACGGCCACCUCGUCGCGGUCAUCGUCUUCCAGCGCAGAUGACCAGGCCGAGCCACCGCUCGUCUUUGCCCACCUGGCCCCCCUCUUCGGCGCAAUCUGCAACCUCGUAGGUCUCACCCUACAGCAGACGGCCUACAUCUUCAUGAUGGGUCACGUCAAGGCCCUCAUCUCGGCCGCCGUGCGGGCCAGCAUGUUCGGGCCGUACCAGGCGCAAAAGGUGCUCGCGAGCACCAGCGUCCAGCAGCUCAUCGCUGCUGCCAUCGAGCGGGAGUGGAACACGCCCGUCGAGAUGGCCGGGCAGACCAUGCCAGUGAUGGAUUUAUGGAUAGGCAGACACGAAGUUCUGUAUUCACGAAUAUUCAACAGUUGA